UUACAGCUCUAUGAUCAUGCUGAGCCGUGCAGUGGUCGUUAUCCUGAUCGCCCAUCUUACAGAAACAGCAUCAGCUUGGACAGAUUGCCCGAAGCAUCAAGCUGUUUUUGUGGUUCCAGAUUCCUUUAGCGGCGAUCACAUAUGUUAUGACUGUACUGAUGGCUGGGUAACGAGUGAUGAUCAAAUGUCUUGUGAUCCGGAUUGCCCGCCGGGGACUUACUAUUCUGGAAACGCAGCUGGAGAUGAAGUAUGCGCUAAGUGCGCUAAAGGGGCUUACUCAGAAAGUCGGGCCAUGUUCUGUACGUCAUGUCCUGAAGGUGAAACCACUGCGGGGCUCGGUGCCGCUUCUCUAGAUGAAUGUUAUCCUGAGUCUGAAGAAGAUGGAGCAGUGACCUGUCCAGCAGGCCAUUUCGCAGCUCAAGGAGCUACGAGUUGCUCCAGGUGUCCUGAAAAUACGUACAGUACGGGAGGUGUGGUAAGGGAGUGCUCAGCAUGCCCAGGUGGAAAAGUAUCAGAGGCUGGUUCCAGCGACUGUGAAAAAGAACCAUGCGAGGCUGGCAAGUAUAUGUCAAGUGAAGGAUGUAAGAGUUGCUCGAAGAACUACUACAGUGAAGCUGGAGCAACACAGUGUACCCGCUGUCCAUCUGGGAAGAUCUCAGCGUACGCUUCUACAUCUUUAUCUGACUGUACUUACGGUCCAUGUAUGCAAGGACAUUAUAUGACUGAUUCGGGCUGUCAAUCAUGUCCAGCCAACACCUAUAACAUGAGGUUUGCGAUGGUCGGAGUACAGAGUUGUGUUGGUUGCCCGGGCGGUUCCACCUCCCCACCAGGAUCCAUAUCAGUCAACAACUGCGAGGCAGAUGAUUCAGGAGACACUGAACCAGAGGCACCACUUGAGUGUGCUGCCGGACAAUUCAAUAAUGGAGUACUAGGCUGUCAGCAAUGUCCAGUGAAUACUUUCAGUGGUGCCGGGGCUUCAUCGUGUACCGACUGCCCAUCAGGCAAAAUAUCUAACGCUGGAUCAACAUCUAACAACGACUGUGAAUGGAAACCGUGUCUGGCUGGAAGCUUUAUGAACAGUCGUGGAUGUCACCCAUGCAGAGCGAAUACUUACAGUGGUGAUGGAGCUAGUCGAUGUACUGAGUGUCCCGUUGGGAAAAUUUCCGCUCCAGGAUCUACAUCAGUUUAUGAUUGUCGAUAUGGUCCUUGCUCGGCUGGAAACUUCAUGACUGACAGUGGAUGUCAGCAAUGUGGAGAAAACACUUUCAGUGGCCCUGGAGCUUCUUCUUGUAAUAAUUGUCCUGAGGGCAAAAUUUCCGCUGCCGGAUCUACGUUGAGUGAUGACUGCGAAUAUGAACCAUGCUCGGCUGGAGACUACAUGACUGACAGUGGAUGUCAGCAAUGUGGAGAGAACUAUUUCAGUGGUGAUGGAGCUUCCUCUUGUAGUGGUUGUCCACGUGGUAAACUAUCAGCAGCUGGAUCUUCAUCAGCAGAUGAUUGUUAUUACGCACCUUGCUCGGCUGGAGAAUACAUGACUGGCAGUGGGUGUCAGCAAUGUGGAGAGAACUCUUUUAGUGGUGAUGGAGCUUCUUCUUGUACUAGUUGUCCUGAGGGUAAAGUUGCAGCUGCUGGAUCUACAUCAGCAGAUGACUGUGAAUAUGCUCCAUGCUCGGCUGGAAACUACAUGACUGUCAGUGGAUGUCAGCAAUGCGGAGAGAACACUUUCAGUGGUGAUGGAGCUUCCUCUUGUAGUGGUUGUCCUGAUAGUAAACUAUCAGCAGCUGGAUCUUCAUCAGCAGAUGAUUGUUAUUACGCUCCAUGCUCGGCUGGAGACUACAUGACUGCCAGUGGAUGUCAACAAUGUGGUGAGAACUCUUUCAGUGGUGAUGGAGCUUCCUCUUGCGAUAGCUGCCCCGAUGGCAAAAUUUCUUCCGCUGGAUCUUCGUCAGUUGAUGACUGUUAUUACGCUCCAUGCUCGGCUGGAGACUACAUGACUGUCAGUGGAUGUCAGCAAUGUGGAGAGAACAGUUUCAGUGGUGAUGGAGCUUCCUCUUGUGAUAGCUGCCCCGAAGGCAAAGUUUCUUCCGCUGGAUCUUCAUCAGUUGAUGACUGUUAUUAUGAACCAUGCUCGGCUGGAGACUACAUGACUGCCAGUGGAUGUCAGCAAUGUGGAGAGAACUCUUUCAGUGGUGAUGGAGCUUCUUCUUGUACUAGUUGUGCUGAUGGUAAACUAUCUGCUGCUGGAUCAACAUCAGAAGAUGACUGUGAUUAUGCCCCUUGCUCGGCUGGAAACUACAUGACUGACAGUGGAUGUCAGCAAUGUGGAGAGAACAGUUACAGUGGUGAUGGAGCUUCUUCUUGUACUAGUUGUGCUGAUGACAAGGUUUCGGCUGCUGGAUCUACAUCACUAGAUGACUGCAAAUAUGCUCCAUGCUCGGCUGGAGAUUACAUGACUGACAGUGGAUGUCAGCAAUGUGGAGAGAACAGUUACAGUGGUGAUGGAGCUUCUUCUUGUACUAGUUGUGCUGAUGGUAAACUAUCUGCUGCUGGAUCAACAUCAGAAGAUGACUGUGAUUAUGCACCAUGCUCGGCUGGAGACUACAUGACCGCCAGUGGAUGUCAACAAUGUGGAGAGAACACUUUCAGUGGUGAUGGAGCUUCCUCUUGUGAUAGCUGCCCCGAAGGCAGAGUUUCUUCCGCUGGAUCUUCAUCAGUUGAUGACUGUUAUUAUGAACCAUGCUCGGCUGGAGACUUCAUGACUGACAGUGGAUGUCAACAAUGUGGAGAGAACUCUUUCAGUGGUGAUGGAGCUUCUUCUUGUACUAGCUGUCCUGAUGGUAAACUAUCUGCUGCUGGAUCUACAUCAGAAGAUGACUGUGAUUAUGCUCCAUGCCAGGCUGGAAGCUUCAUGACUGAGAAUGGUUGUGCUGAAUGCCCGGACAACACGUACAGUGCGUCAGGUGCCGGCUCCUGUACACCUUGUCCUGAUGGUGGACAGUCUGCUGCUGGCUCAACUAGCUCUGAUGCUUGCGUUGUCCCAGAAACAUCACCCGCUACACCUAGCGUAGCCUACACGACACCAACUGAGGCAACAUUCCCAGAGUCCACUCCUGUAUUUGGAGGGACUGCUAGAAUCUUCAUAACUGGGUCACCUACACCCGGCUCCGCUAGAGUCAACUGCUUGGACGAUGUGACAAAUAAAAUCUUAGAUGCUAAGUUUUCCAACGGUGGAUAUUCGGUAAAAGGCAAGGAGGUAGUAUUGGAUCUGAACUGUGCUGACCCUACUUGGGUAUGUGAAGCUGACGGAUACGACCCAGCAUAUUUGGACAUUCCAGUUCCAGUGCUAGAGGCUCAGAACUCAGUCUCCGCUGUUAUGAUUAACGCUGGAGAGGAAACCGUACUGAAGACAGGUGAAGAAUCAGUCACCGUCUCGUGGUUCAAAGAGUCUCCAUUCACCGGCCGUGAUCCCUGGACCAACAAGGUCAGUGAAGCUGGACGGUAUACCGCAGAAAUGAAAAGAUGUCCUUCUCACCCUACUGUAAUAAAAACAAUCAAUGUUGCGUCCAAAGAUCCCAACUUUGUCAGCGACAAAAGUGUCUGCAGUGUUUUCGGAGAUCCUCACAUUCUUACUUUUGAUGGUGAACACUACACUUUCCACGGUGAAUGUCCUUAUGUACUCGCUAUGGACUGUUCUGGGUAUGGUUGGUAUAUCUACGGAAAGUUCGCAGCUUGCGGCAAUGGGGUUACCUGCCUUGAAAAUGUUGAUAUCAUUACACAACAAGGUCCUUUGGAAAUAAAGAGAGGUUUUGGAAUAAACGACUAUGGUAGAAUGUUUGGACUUUCUAAAGGCGAAACUCAGUCCAUUCGAGGUGUUGACCUCUCGUUCGAUGGAUCUAUCCUGACAGCAGACAUUGGUGGAGCUGUAGUAGAAUGGGACGGUCUCUCUUCUCUUAGGAUUAUUGUUGAUAAAGGAGCAAGAACUUGUGGACUCUGCUCAAAUAACGACGGAAACUCCGCAAACGACUUGGAACAAAAUCUUUACAACGGAGGUGCUAUAAUGUCAUUCGCUGAUACCUGGGCUGUUACUUAUGUCCGGGGAUCCUGCGGUGUAAAUGAGCUGAACAGUGUUGACAUAGACACCAACACAGUGGAGUCGGUGAUGAACGAUAUGAAAUCUAGUCCACUUAGCAAUUUGAUCGACUUUUCGGCAGAUAACAAUUUCGUGCUAGCUGCUGCUCACGAUAGGAUGAUGGACAGUGCCUCACUUUUUAAAGCUAACUAUAUGGAAUGCUCAUGUUUCCAAGCUUUUGUUGACCACCUUCGUGACACUCAAGGAAUCGUAAUCUCCAGAUGGGACAUAGACCUUAACUGUCCUUCACCUAGAGAGAUUCUGUUGGAGGGAGUAAGAACUGGGUGCCCCUGGACUAAGAACAAUGCUCCAUUCUACGUCCUGAAGUGAAGAGGCUAACAGACCACGUGUAUAUCACGUGUAUAUCACGUGUAAACCUCGUGUAAAUCACGUGUACACCACGUCUAUAUCACGUGUAAACCACGUGUAAACCACGUGUAAACCACGUGUAAAUCACGUGUAUAUCACGUGUAAACCACGUGUAUAUCACGUGUAAACCUCGUGUAAAUCACGUGUAAACCACGUGUAAAUCACGUGUAUAUCACGUGUAAACCUCGUGUAAACCUCGUGUAAACCACGUGUAUAUCACGUGUAAAUCACGUGUAAACCACGUGUAAAUCACGUGUAUAUCACGUGUAAACCACGUGUAAAUUACUGUGCUGUAGCUGCGAAAAUGUAUAGUUCCUGAAUAUUCGAUAAGUCAACAGCUAUAUUAGGAGUAGAGCAAGUAAAUAGUAUUAGUAUUAAGUUGAUAGUUUUUAAAUUAUUUUCUACUUAAUAGGUUAGCCGUAUGUUUGAUUGACCCCCAUUUUUAAUAUUUUGUUAUUCUAUAUUGCUUUCUUAUUCAGGUUAUUAAUCCUAUCCUUCUGGUGUAUGUAAAAUAUAACAUAAUUAAAUUGGAACUUGAUAGAAUUAAUGAACAAGCCCCUAUAAAUUAAAUUUAUUGUUUUCAAAAAGAAAGCGGCAAAAAACAAAUUAAUUUACCUAUUUUUAAAGAUCUGUUUUGUAAAUCUUUAUAAAAUUUUGUUAUAUAUUUAAAUCUUAAGAAUUGACAAUAAA